GUCUGGUCUCCGUCUAUUGCUAUUAGUCUUGUGAUUUUGCAAAAUCCAAGAGAUCUCGACGAAGAUUUCAAAGUCUUUGAAGUCAACCUUAGACUACCGACUCAUAGUUUGGAGUCUGGCGUUGGAUUCAACCACUAACAUAUUUCCAUGGUCCCAUUGGCCCCAAAGUUUACUCUAAUUUCCGCCAAUCUUCCUUGUACAUUUGUUGCGCGCAGGAAAAACAGAAUAAAACUCAAAUCGAUCGAUCCCAUAAAACAAGCACAAGAUCACCGCCACAUACAACCCCACUUAUUGAAAAGUGAAAACCAUGGCCGGCGGCUCGUCUUCUGCUGAAACCAAGCUAGCCACAGCAAAGACGGUUCUCUCCGCUGCAGCCUCCGUGGCCGCCACUGCCAUGCUGGCUCGGUCAAUAGCCCAAGACUUCUUGCCCCACGAAAUCCAUGACUACCUCUUCUCCGGCAUCCGAAGCUUCUUCAAUCGCUUCUCUUCCCAGCUCACCAUGAUCAUCGACGAGUUUGACGGCCUCGUCAGCAACCAAAUCUACGAGGCCGCGGAGAUUUACUUGGGCAGCAAAAUCUCACCCAACACGCAAAGACUCAAGGUCAGCAAGUCCGAGAAAGAACGGAGCUUUACGAUCACCAUGGAAAGCAACGAAGAGAUCUCCGACGUCUUUAACAGGGUUAAAUUCAACUGGGUUUUGGUGUGUCGCCAAGUCGAGUCCAAGAAUUUCCACAAUCCUCGCGAUCUCAACUCAACGCUGCGUGCCGAGGUUCGAUCCUUCCAGCUUAGUUUCCACAAGAAGCACAAGGAAAUGGUGUUGAACUCUUAUUUGCCUUACAUUGUGGAGGAGGCGAAGUCCAUGAAUCAAGAGAAAAAAACCUUGAAGAUCUUCACCGUCAGCUACGACAGCAUGUACGGGAACCUCGCGGACCUGUGGACCUCCACCAACCUUGACCACCCCGCAACGUUCGCAACGCUCGCCAUGGACUCGGAGAUCAAGAACUUCAUUUUGAAAGAUCUUGAGAGGUUCGUGAAGAGGAAGGAGUACUACAGGAAGGUUGGCAAGGCUUGGAAGCGAGGGUACUUGUUGUACGGCCCUCCGGGUACUGGGAAAUCGAGCUUGAUUGCUGCAAUGGCGAACUAUUUGAAUUUUGAUAUCUAUGAUUUGGAGCUUACAGAGCUUAGGGCCAACUCGGAGCUUAGGAGGCUGCUCAUUUCAAUGGCGAACAGGUCGAUUCUGGUGGUGGAGGAUAUUGAUUGUACCAUUGAGUUUCAGGACCGAGCGGCAGGACCAUUACCACUCGCACCAUCCUCGCACAAUUCCGAACAGAAACAGGUAACAUUGUCUGGCAUGCUCAAUUUCAUUGACGGGCUUUGGUCGAGUUGUGGGGAUGAGCGGAUUAUCGUGUUCACCACGAACCACAAAGAGAAGCUCGACCCAGCACUGUUGCGCCCCGGACGCAUGGAUGUUCAUGUUCACAUGUCCUAUUGCACCCCAAGUGGAUUUAGAAUUCUUGCUGCUAAUUAUCUUGGGAUUAAGGAUCAUGCACUGUUUGGAGAGAUUGAGGAGUCUAUCGGGACCACCCAAGUAACCCCGGCUGAGGUAGCGGAGCAGCUGAUUAAGAACGAUGACCCCGACAUAGUGCUCAAUGGACUAAUCAAAUUCCUCAUAGUGAAAAGGAAAGAAAAUGAGGAAGCCAAGGCCAAAAAGAGUGAUCAAACUGAUGAAGAAGGUAAAGAAAGUAGAAGUGCACAAGAAAUUGAGUGUGUCAAAGACGAAAAGAAAGUAGAUAAUGACGAAAAAAAGUGACAAUUAGAUUAUUCUAAGGAUAAGAACCUACAAAUUAUGCCUUUCCUUUUCUUUCUAGCAUUGAAAAUUGAGAUCAUCAAGUCUUAUCUGGAA